AUGUCAAAUAAACCAGAGAAACCGGUAUGGAUGUCACAGGAGGAUUAUGACCGUCAGUAUGGCGCAGCCAGCAACGAUGAAGCAUCUACUAUAUUAGGCAACAACUCCAAAACCGUCAUGAGCGCACCAAUCAAUGGCAAUGGAUCAUUAACAGCUUCGCAAACUCCACCUGCUCUAAACCCAGCAUCUUCAGUUUCACCUACUGAGCCAGAAACGGGGUUCAAAGUGCAAAAAAGAAGACACGAAAGGUACGAUCAAGAAGAAAGAGAACGUAAACAACGUGCUCAGAAGCUGAGAGAAGAACAAUUGAAAAGACACGAGAUCGAAAUGACCGCAAAUAGAUCUAUGAAUGUAGAUCAAAUCGUCCGAGAACAUUAUAACGAACGUACAAUCAUUGCCAACCGAGCAAAAAGAAAUUUAUCACCUAUCAUUAAGCUUCGUAAUUUCAAUAAUGCAAUAAAAUACAUGCUAAUUGACAAGUUAACAAAACCAGGUGACGUGGUUUUGGAACUUGGAUGUGGUAAAGGUGGAGAUUUAAGGAAAUAUGGUGCGGCCGGGAUCUCACAGUUUAUUGGUAUUGAUAUUUCAAAUGCAUCUAUCCAAGAAGCUCAUAAAAGGUACCGUUCUAUGAGGAAUCUAGACUACCAAGUUGUCUUAAUUACGGGGGAUUGUUUUGGUGAAUCACUAGGUGUUGCCCUAGAACCUUUCCCGGAUUGCAGAUUCCCAUGUGAUAUCGUUUCAACUCAAUUUUGCUUACAUUACGCUUUCGAGACCGAAGAAAAGGCAAGAAGGGCUUUACUGAAUGUUGCUAAGUCCUUAAAAAUUGGUGGUCACUUUUUUGGUACUAUACCAGAUUCAGAAUUUAUUCGGUAUAAACUAAACAAAUUUCCUAAAGAUGUGGAAAAACCGUCUUGGGGAAAUUCUAUAUAUAAGGUAACUUUUGAAAAUAAUUCGUACCAAAAAAAUGGUUAUGAGUUCACGUCUCCUUAUGGCCAAAUGUACACUUAUUGGUUAGAAGACGCUAUAGAUAAUGUUCCCGAGUACGUUGUGCCUUUUGAAACCCUUAGAAGUCUAGCAGAUGAAUAUGGUUUGGAAUUAGUAUCGCAAAUGCCGUUUAAUAAGUUUUUUGUCCAGGAAAUUCCAAAAUGGAUUGAAAGGUUUUCUCCUAAAAUGAGAGAAGGUUUGCAAAGAUCUGACGGUAGGUAUGGUGUUGAAGGAGAUGAGAAGGAGGCUGCUUCAUAUUUUUACACCAUGUUUGCGUUCCGCAAAAUAAAAGAAUAUAUCGAACCCGAAAGCCAGAAAGAUCUUUAA